AUGGAUCAGAUCGGCGACGAUCAGGCCAGCCCAGCUUAUCUUCUGCGACGAGCUAACUCCGGUAAGUUUUUGUCGAUUUUCAUGGAGGAUUUUAGGAGUCAAAAAAAGUUGUGUAUUAAAAAAAAGUUUGUGUAUUACAAGGCGUAUUGCCUUUUACUUUAGUUUGAAUUUACUUCUGUUUUUUAAAUGUUCUAUUUUGGUUUGCAUCACAAGGCAUAUUACUUUUCCUUUAGCUUGAAUUUAAUUCUUCUUUUUUUAAAAUGUUUUUAUCCUCAGUAAUUAAAUAUAAUUUUAGUUGUAGGGCUUGACAACCUCGGGUUUUCCAAUUUCGAUCUCCGUGCCUGCAGCAUUUCCUGCCCUUCUACCUCCCGCUAUGCCGGCAAUGCCGAGACCGGCUCUAAUGAAUGCUUUACGGUCUGGGAACCUGUAUUCCUACGACAAGAAUGGACUGUAAGUUUUAUUACCUACUAUAUUUAUGACAUCUUUAGAUCAAUAACAUCAAGGCAGCUCUCGAGUUAACAACUCCAGGUAUUUGUAUGAGAAGUCGGGCGUUUAAAGAUGAAUCGAUGCCUGACAUCAGUUGGCAGCUGUGUUUAUAUCCAGGAGGCAAAAGGGAAGAAAACAAGAAUAAUGUUUCCUUGUUCUUAAAGAUGUCUACUAGUCAUGCUUCCAAAGAAGUAAGUCGAAUCAAAACGAAUUUUACCUGUUUUAUUUAGUUCACCGUGCGGGCUGAGUACUGUUUCUACUUCAUGGACGAUAACAACAAAUCUAAGUUCAAUAAUGUGAAUACCGGGGAUUUCAAGGUCAAACCAACGAAAGGAUCUCAUUCUUGGGGUCUCAGGAAUAUCCCCAGAGCCAAAGUAAUUAACAGUGUGAGGUCCGACGACUCUCUACACAUUGUCUGUGAGAUACAAACGGUCCCAGACUUUAACCGAGUACCUCCUGUUGUGUAUAAAAAAGAAUCACCGAUCAAUCAGAGCCAAGUAUGUUGUAUUUAACUUAUAAUAACUUCUUUUAGUUGAUGCGUGACUUUGUUGGUCGCUUCCACGACAUGUACGAAACCGGUGAAGGUUCAGAUUUUGUGAUCGAAUGUCAAGGGCGAGAAUUUGCCGUCCACAAAUUUGUUCUGAUGGCUCAUUCCGAGGUUUUGCGGGCGAUGUUCAAGCAUUCGAUGGAAGAAACUAAGAACGGUCGAAUGAAACUGUUGGAUGCAUGCCCUGAGGCUGUCGCGCACAUGCUAUACUAUAUGUAUUCGGGAGCUCUACCGCAGGAAUUCGAAUACGAGCACGCCUCGCCAUUGAUGCAGAUUGCUGAUAAGUAUGCUCUCGAUCAACUUAAAAUGCUGUGUCAAGAGAAGCUGAUCCAAAGGUGAGCAGAAAAUUAAAAAAAAAAACGUUUGGUACCUAAAUUUAAUUUACAUUUAUGUUUCAGGCUCAAUGCGAGUAAUGUGAUUACUAUGUUGAUCAUGGCAGAUUACCAAAACGCUCCUCUUCUCAUGGAUGCUUGUAUCCCGGUGGUAAGUCUAUUAUAAUUUAAUGUUUUUAUAAAUUCUUCUAGCGGAUUUUAUUUAUUCUUUUAGAUUAAAGCAAAUAGUCGUCGCAUAAUCUCUAGUCCGGAUUGGAACACUUUGAAGACCAACAACCAGAAGCUCGUGAACUCAGUUCUGGAGAAGAUCGUGGUCCAAGAUGAUUCCCCUCCACAAAAACGACUCAGACUUACACAUUCCAACCAAAUGCAACGUUGA